CUUCACCUGGAAUGCAAGAAGAAGAUUUGUAAACAAAAGACCAACCUACCGGAUUGCAGAAAACAUAAUACAUUGUAAAUUCGUUUUAUUACUGAAAUUAAGAUGCCGACGCUUAUAGCCCUGGAUGCAUCGCUGUCGAUGCUGCGUCCAGUUCCAGGAAGAAAUGAUCACACCUACCUAUCGCUGGCCGUCAAGGGAAUCCAGCAUUUACUGGACAAUCUCACAGCCGCCGGGAAGCUGGAGCACCUUGCUUUGCUUUCGUACACAACCACAACGGAAUUAAAGGUGGACUUUACCAGGGACUACGAUCAGAUCCGGCAGGCUAUCAAGAAGGUGGAGCCAGUGGACAAAGCCUGCCUGCUGACCAUGCUCAAGACCUCCGUCUCCAUAAUGUCCACCUGGGGCGGAGCCCAAAACAUUCUCCAGCUGGUUGUGUUUACAGACUGCGGGCUUGGGUUUGGGAGCACCUCGAUAUCUCAUUUCCUGGAUACCACCUUUCCAGACAAGGAGGAUGAGCCGGAGUUUGCCUGGCUGACAACCUUGGCCAAUUAUAAUCUGAACUUUAUUUGUCUCGGUCUACAUGGCGAUUCCUACUUUACCAGGGGAUUAUCGGUUUACCAGCAGCUAUUGGACAAAGCGAGUUUAAAGGGUCAGUUGUUCAUGCCAAAACCAACGAAGCCCACUGAUACCACUGACGGAACAUCGAAUCCCAUUUCGAACUCGAGCCACAAAAGCGAACUAGGUCGAACUGUUGUCUUCGAGCUGAUUGAACGCCUAUGUGAAGCCAGCUACAAGUCCACGGAGGUGAUUCUCAAGUGUGGUAGCUAUUUCCGUAUGGAGGCGCCUGUGCUGCUCUGGCCACCCACGUCUCCAUAUGAAGAACCUUCUCCUAUGUUUGGCCGAGAUCCCACAAUACGACACAUCGACCAAAAGAUUGAGAUAUGCGGAUUUUUGGCCCUUUCUGACAUUGGUUCACCAGCAACAUUGAGUCGUCAUUGGGUUUUGCCGAAGGUGGAGCGCGAAAAGGGCGGAAGUCGUCGGUCUGGAGGUGGAGGUGCAACAGCAAAGCUACCAAAGCUGACUCUGGACACUAACAAUCCCAACUAUGAACUGGAGAAGUUGGAAGCCGAUAUACGCGACUUUUACGCUAAGGAUCCAAAGGACACGGAAGAAAGUGGCGAUGAUGCUGAUGUCACCAUUGUGGUGAAACAUUCUUCUGCUCCUCAGACAGAGCAGCAAAAGGAGAACCUCUGCGUCUUGCUUCAUGGGGCUCUCAAACUGGAAAACAUGGCCGCUUUGGUGCUGGUGGGUGAGAAGUGGUAUGGAUUCAUCUAUGCCUUUACUGACGGCAAGAAAAAGUCAAAUCUUAUGUUGAAUGUGCUUCCACCCGGAACGAAUGUCAUACCUUGGAUUGGAGAUCUGGAACUACUCGGAUUCGCCGAGGAUCUAGCGCCAGGAGAGACUGCCAGUUUUCCUGUGCGAGCUGAUCGGCGAUCCUAUUCCCAGAGUAGUGUUGUUUGGAUCCGGCAAGCCAGCCUGCAGUCGGAUGUGCAGAAGGUUCUACGACAUGCCAAAAAAAUGCCCGACAAAACACAGCACUUCUACAAGGAGCUCAAUCGAAUCAGGCGAGCUGCUCUCGCCCUGGGAUUCGUAGAAUUGUUGGAGGCACUGGCUAUGCUGCUAGAGAAGGAAUGUGCACAUCUCACCAUGAAUGGGGCUAGCAGUGAGUGCACCUUGCAGCUGCAACACGCUGCCACAGAGCUUCGGAAGACUUCGAAUAGAGAUAUUAAGUCCACAAUUGUUCCUUUACAGAAGGGAGCACCCGAUGCGGGAACCGCCCCUGGCCCUGGAUAUAUGUAUUAA